GUACGUUUCACUGUCGCCAUAACGAGUCAACCUCGUGGCCGAAGAAACAUUUGACAACUAAACUAUAGCUUUUGAAAUCUGGCGCCAUUCGGAAUAAUGAGCAAGUGACACGAUUUCGUUGCGUAAUUCAUAGCGCAAGCACCCCGAUCUACUUCGCUCGGGUGGAGGGACCAGACGUCCUCCUCGGCGGGUUCGGAUGGGUUCGAUCCGUCGAGAGGUCCGAAGAUGCUUCCACGCGACCGGUCGGAGUAGUCGCGAGUAGGUGCCGGAGACGGGCAUGGACACUAAGACUCCGCCGAUCCCGCUCAAGUCCCAGGAGAAACCUCAACCGAGGAGAGCGGAUCGCGUGGCCGACGUGUCCUUGCCCCCGCUGACACCGUACCCGAAUCAUCGUUCGUCCAAACACAGAUCGUCCGGCGCGCCGUGGUCGCAGGAUCCACCCUGCGUUCUGCAGCAUCAGGAUCAUCGCAAGAGGAGACCGUACAGAAAAACUGAAGAUACGAAAAUGAUCUAUUUUCCAGUCUGUGGGGAAGCGGAAUGCGUUCGGUUAGUUCUGGCGGCCGGUGCACGACCCUCUACCCCCGAUUUACGUGGCGGGUCUCCCCUUCACUACGCCGCCCAAUGUUGCGGCGCAGCCGCCACGGCCGAACUCGCUGUUCCAAAGAAGGUCGGACUGCAAGUUUUGCAAACUCUUCUCGAAUUCGGCGCGGAUGUAAACGCGAAAGACGAAGACGGACGACAACCAAUUUUAUGGGCGGCGAGCGCGGGUAGCGUGGAGGCUGUAUUGGCUCUAGCAAGAGCCGGAGGAUCGGCAGCCGCGGGUAGUUCGGACAAAGACGGACUGACCGCCCUUCAUUGCGCAGCCUCGCGAGGCCACGCGAGAUGCGUGGAAGUACUCGUCAAUUUGUGCGGCUCUCACCCAGACUACGUGGACGACAACGGUUGUUCCGCGUUACAUUACGCUGCCACUUUAGGUCACGCAGAUGCUACCGCUCUUAUUCUGAAACUCGGGGCCGAUCCUAAUCGCCAGGAUCGCAAGGGUAGAACACCGGCGCUUUGUGCCGCGGCCAAGGGCCAGUUAGAAACUUUGAAGAUUCUGACUCAGCACGGUGGUUCGCUUCACGCCAAAACUGUGCGAGGCACAGGGAUCGGGCACGAGGCCGUUGCUUCCGGUAGAAUCGAGUUGAUAAAAUGGCUAGCGAAAAAGAGACCGAGCACGUUGGACGUCGCUACGCACGACGGCAAGACACCCUUGCACGUAGCGGCUUUGCACGGUCAUUUGGAUGCGUGCAAAAUUCUCUUGGACCAUGGUGCAAGAAUCAACGCUGUUCUCAGGACCAGCAAGGGCAACUCGAUGACCGCGUUGGACGCAGCUCUCUACAGAGGACACAGAGACUGUGCGAAACUGAUUCAGAUGCACGGCGGUACUACGGCGCAACAAUUGAGGACGCAUAAGACCGCACCGAACAAAGUUUUUACAGCAAAGGUCCGAAUAAAGCAUGAUGAGAGUAGCACCGCGAGCGAUAGUAGCUCCUGUAGACAAGGUCGAAGACACAAGCAUCCCGAACUCUAUUACGAGGAACGGUGGAUAGAAAGGAGAACGCGGCGAAAAGGUAAUCUGAGAAAGAUGACUCGCCGGGACAGUCGGAGUUUUAGCGAGGAAGAAGUGCGCAUGUCGAAGACAUCCUCGAGAAAGGACGAGAGGAGAGCUCGAAGCGAAUCCGCGCGAUAUGAUGAUAAUGGCAUUAAUGAGCACAAUCUACGAAAAAAACGAAGCGAAAGAAUAUCGACAAAACACAAACAUAAAUAUUCAGAUCCGUCGUCCGAAUCGGAUAGUUGCGAUUAUUCUUAUGACGAUGAGAAUGAAGCGUCUAAAUAUCGGCAGCACGCAAAAAAGCAACAAGAAAAGGGCAAAAGUAAUUCCAAUGAAACUGAAGCAAAAAAUUCGAAGAAAGAGGACGAUGACGAUCGAAGUGUAAGUGACGACAGUUUAGAAGUGAUUGUGGUAAAAAGAUCACUGGAAAAAAAAUGUGAAAAGGUAGUGUCCGGAGGAAGAUCGAAGACACCGAGAGAAUGCACAAAGGAGACAAAACUGACUAAAACGCACAAACGUAGCUCCAAGAAAUCGAGAUCCAGUAAAUCAAGAAUGUCCGAUAAAGAUGAGACUGUAAAUCGAGAUAAAUCAGCGGAAAAGGAGGAAAAAAAUGUCGUAAUAAGAGAACCACCGGCGCAUGCUUCGAUGACUGAAGAGGAAGAGGGCGGUGAGAGAAUAAUAGAGUCUCGAUAUCGAAAGGACGCAACAGAUAGCACUAGUCAAGAGACCGUGGAACGAGUGAUCGUUACAGCGAUGGUUCACAAAGAUCAGUUGCCUGACACCCCGAAGUCUACGCAGGAAAUUGCAAAGGAAACAAGCACCGAUAGCGUUUUGAAGAAAAAGGCAACGGUAACGGAGGAAAUUUCCAAAGAUAUAAGUUCUUCCGAUAAAAGCAAGACAUUAUCGCCCGAUAAAAGCAAGACAUUAUCGCACAAAAUUAAAACGCAAGAAAUUUCGCAAAUCAGUGGAGAGGUUCAAGAUGAAAGGGAUGAAAAGGACAAAAUAACGGUGCCCGUCGGCACAAAAUCUGCGGGAGAAGACAUGGACGAGAGGACGCAAGGCAGAUUAAAUAUAUCCGUAGAUGUAACAGCGAGCGACGGUACAUUGCGUGAAGAGCAAGAAACAAUCGAAGAUAAUACACUCGCCAAGUCAUCCGAUUUAAACAUUUCCGAAUCCAAGUCUACUGAAGAUCUCAUCGACGAAAAGGAAAAGAUUUUAAGAACGAGAUGGGAAAGCGGAAGUUUUAAAGAUGACGGAGAUUCGAGUUUAGUAAAACAUAUCGUGGUUUCGGGUGAAGAAAAAACAUUAGUUUCUGAAGACUCGAAACAAGACGGGAAAACUGCUACGAAGAAAAUUUUAUCAGACAAUGGAGAAUCGAAGGUAUCGUCUUCGAGACAAUCCGACGCACAUAAAGAUAUAAAUGGUUCAAAAGAUGACGGCGAAGGUGCACAAAUAACUUAUGGGGAAAGAGAUAAGAUUUCGACAAAGCAGAUGGAAACUGUCACGAAGGAAAAUUUGGCCAAAGAUGCCGAAUCGAGAGACAAAGAUUUGAACAAAGGCGACGAUAUUGAAUCUUCGCAAAAAAUACAGACGGAUGAAAAACAAAAAACGGAAACGCAAGCGGUCACCGAACGAUCGACAGACGAUGAAAAGGAUGAUUUGGAUGAUUCCGCGCGUGGAAAAUCCGCAGAUUUAUCUUCAACGGAAUCCAGAGUGUCGAUUUUAAACGCGGAAGAAACUCUUUCUCCAGAAAAGACGAGUUUGCCACAUGAUAAAGAAGAGCGCGUUAAAAAAGAUGAUAAAGACCAACCAGAAACUGAAACAGGAGACAAAGAUUUGCGCUACAUCGACGAUAGCUCUUCGAGUUCUCCAAAGCACUCGAGAUUGGCGAAAACGAAACAUUCGAGACCGUCCACAGGAAGGAACGCGAGAACAGGAAAAGCUUGUUCGAAGAGACAUCUGUUUGAAAGUUCCGAGGAUCGUUCUUCGCGUCAAAGUGCGAUAAUCGCGGUGUUAGACAGUAGUCCAGAAUGGGAUGAGGACGAAGCGGUCGAGAAAGAAAUUAGGGAAGCUCUCGGAGAGGAUAUGGAGCAGGAGACGGAGCACGAAGAAGAGGAUAACGAAAUUGGCGUUAUGAGAGUUUUACCAAGUACAAGUGAGGAAGAGACUCCUAGUACAGCUUUGGGUGUAUCUAGAACUUCAGGAAUCGACUCUUUGCCUCAGGUACAAUCAACAACUAGCAACCGCUUAGUUGCCAGGACGGAGACUUCCGAAGGACAUCGAGAACGACUGUGGAAAAAGCAUCGUCGCGAUAGCGGAGGUAGAGACAGCGGGAUAGAACCGAGUCCGAGAGUAUCGAGAAUUCCACGAAGGCGAAAUGUGAGGUGUUGUCCGAACACUGCGAAACAACAAGCCCUCAAUAUGGAGACCAUUACCAGGGACGUGCAAAUUAGUUUGCGUCGUUAUCACCUCGAGAGGAAGAUCUUUUUUCAAUUGAUGGAGCUGAAGAGAUUGCAGAUUCGUCACGGCAGAGCGAACGAGCAUGUCUUGGUAAAAAGGCAGGUGGACGCUUUUCAUAAAUCGGGAAUGUCUGGACCUGCUCUUGGAGUUGCGAAAUAUGAUCGAUCAUUAACGUUCAGACAAUUCGAAGCAUUCUUAUACGAGCAAUUAAGGAGACUGCAGGGAAGACCGACCACUCCAGACUUUUGUACCGAAGCUAAGCAGUGCACGCAGAAGACUCAUCGUUGCCAUCACGCAACUAGCGCUUAUACUUCUAUUCCAGUGUAUACCUAUCUAGGUGGAGGCGUCCCAGAUCGAGCGGAUCACCUUCCGAAAAUAGAAAGUCGCGGCAAAGGACAAAUGACGGUGGAAGUGACACACGGAGAGGAAAAACAAGUGAUCGCUCUUCCGACUGAGAAAAUGGAUCGUACCAAAAGAUAUUUCGUUACAUUUACCGUAAGAGGUGAAACGCAAGACGUCGAGAAACCUAAAUCAUCCUGCGGAAUACAAAGAAAUGCAAAAAGUGUGUAAUAUUUCGGAUUUUUCUUCAUCGAUAUUUUUUUUUAUAGAAACUCGCUUAUUAAUUUAAAUUUAUUAAAAGAUAUAAAAAUCCAAAGCAUAGAUGACGAGCAUUAUUCUGCAUUAUUUCACAUAGACUUUCGUUUAAAAAAGACAUUACUUUAGACUUUAUAUAGUACGUUACCAUAGAUUUAAUAUUUUAUAAAAAAUAUUGGGUAUUAUUGUUGUAUUGCUUUCUUCUUUUAUAAAAAAAUAUUUUAUAUAUUUAUUACUAUUAUCUUAAUAUUAUUUAUUACAAAAAGAUUUGAUAUCAUAUAUUUUCUUUUUAAAUUCAAUAUAUUCUUUCUAAAAUAAAUUUGCUUCUCGCACAAAAGUAUAAUUUAAGAAAUAUAUCAAAACUGCCAGAUGAGAUAAAAUUUGUGGAUCAAUUAAACAGAGAUGUGCAUGUUAAUUUGUAUAGCGUUAUUUGUACAUAUACUCAUAUGAGUAGUAACGGUUAUAAUUUCGUACCUGAAUAAUCGUAGCUUGUAAAUCUUCUGUAAUUGACUUAUCGAGAAAGAAAUGUGAUUCGAAAGAGAAAUUUUAUUAAAUACUGCGCUUAUCUUAAAAUUUAAUAUUUAAAUAAUAAAAGAGAAACCUUUUGCCAUGAUAUACAAAGUUAAAAAUGAUAAACGAUUUAUUUAAUAGAAUACAUAUCCGACUCUAUUCUGUGUGUUCCCUAGAAAUUAAAAAUAAUAUUCUAUAUAAAAACGUUAAUAAAUCAAAAUUAAUUAUGC